ACUCAUCAAAACACACUUAUCUUUGUUGAUUUUAUGAUGAUAACAGCAAUCUUUUGCUAUGUAGCAAUAAUUGCAUCAAUAUUUUGCUACUUAUUAUAUUAUUUUUUCCAUAGGAGAUUAUCUUGCAAGAGUCCUCUCCUAAUAGAUUGGCCUGUCCUUGGAAUGUUACCACAAUUAUUGUGGAAUUUGUAUCGGAUCCAUGAUUUCUUAGUUGAUAUUUUGAGACAACAUGGGAGAACCGGUGAAUUCAUGGGACCUUGGUUCACCAAAAUGAACUAUAUGAUCACUAGUGACCCCAUGAAUGUUCAUCACAUAAUGAGCAAGAGUUUCGAUAACUAUGUCAAGGGCCCUGAAUUUCGCCAGAUCUUCCAAGUCUUUGGGGAUGGUAUUUUCGCCACAGAUUCCGAGAGAUGGAGAUACCACAGACUGUUGCUCCACUCUGUUUUCAAGAAUAGAAGCUUCGAGAUGUUUCUAGAGAAAACGAUUCAAAAGAAAGUGGCAAAUGAUUUGAUUCCUGUAUUAGAACAUGUGGUACACCAACAUGUUGAGGUGGAUCUACAAGAUGUGUUCAAUCGCUUCACAUUCGACAACAUUUGCAACAUCAUUUUGGGGUAUGAUCCUCAUUGUCUUGCUAUUGAUCUCCCUCAAGUUAUUGCAUAUGAGAAGGCUUUUAAUGAAGCUGAAGAAUCCAUAUUCUAUAGACAUGUAGUGCCUAAAGGUGUUUGGAAGCUACAAAAAUUGCUUCAAAUUGGUCAAGAGAGAAAGAUGACACAAGCUUGCAAAAUAUUUGACCAAUUCUUAUAUUCAUGCAUAGCAACUAAGCGCAAAGAGUUAAGUAAGUAUACAAAAAUUGAUGAGUCUCAUGAUCAUGUUGACUUGCUCACUUCUUUAAUGAGAGAAGAAGAAGAAGAUCAACUACAUGAUGAUAAAUUCUUAAGAGACUUAGCAUUUAAUCUUUUUGUAGCCGGAAGAGAUACUAUAACUUCAGCUCUUACUUGGUUCUUUUGGCUUGUUGCUACAAACCCAUUAGUAGAAGCUAAGAUUCUUGAUGAAAUCAAAGAAAAUUUUGGGUUCAAUAAUGAUGAUGAAAUGAAGCACAAAGUUUUAGGCAUAGAGGAGGUGAAAAAGCUAGUUUAUCUCCAUGGUGCUUUUUGUGAGUCUUUGAGACUUUUUCCUCCUAUUCCUUUUGAGAGGAAGCAACCAAUCAAAAGUGACAUACUCCCAAGUGGACAUCAUGUGAAUCCAAGUACAAUGAUCUUACUUUCUUUGUUUGCAAUGGGAAGGUUUGAAGAGAUAUGGGGAAAAGAUUGCUUGGAGUUCAAGCCAGAGAGAUGGAUCUCUAAUAAAGGUAGUGUUGUUCAUGUGCCAUCUUAUAAGUUCAUUAGUUUCAAUGCGGGUCCUAGAACUUGUUUGGGAAAGGACAUAUCUUUUAUCCAAUUGAAGAUGGUGGCAGCUUCUAUUUUGUGCAAUUAUCAUAUUCAUGUGGUGGAAGGUCAUCAAGCUAUUCCUAGUCUUUCAAUUGUACUUCUAAUGAAGCAUGGUUUGAAAGUUAGGAUAACUAAAAGACGGUGCAAGUAAUUAGAUGAAUAUAAGUUUUAAUUUGUGAUGUUUAAUUUUAAGAGUUGUAAAAGCUGCUAGAUUGUUACUAUAUAAAUGUGUUAAUUAGAUAAUAA